CAUGUUACCCCUUAUAUAUCAUUCUCAAACUGAUUUUUCCUCAAUCAUUUUGGAAACUGCUCAUGAUAACCAGGAGGGGAGAAAGGGCUCUUGGCAGUACCUUAUGGGCAAACUUUUCCACUUUACCCUUUCCUCUUUCCUUUAUUACACUUCCGUUUCUUCUCUUCCCUCCCCAACCGAAGUCACUUUCUUUACAUGCAGCUAAAGGCCUCAUUUUUAUAUUAUUUGGCCGAAUGGGAGAAGAGACGGGUGGAGCAAGAUAUCUUUGAAUAGAGGGACUGUAGGAAUGACUGCAGCAGGGAAGAAAACCUGAUGCUUGUGGUAGAACCUUGUUGCUCCUGGACUCCUCCAUAGAACAAAUGGGUGCUCUGUGGGAGCAUCGGGGAUGCUCUCUCCGGGCAGAUGCAGGAGCAGCUGGAGUGAUGGCGGCGCACAUGGUUUAGCAGGAGCCGCGGUUCCUAGGAGACCAAGUAGCGAGCCCCAGAGGGGGAGGGUAAAGAGGAGGAGGAGGAGUGGGUUGCCGCUUUUAGCAGCUGAAAGGGCUGCAGGGAGCUCUGGGUAAGACAUUUUCUACAGCUGCUGCUGCCGCCGCCGCUGGCGGCUCUGCAGUGUUAGCUGCUGAGAGAGAAGCAAAGGAGAAAGGGAGGAAGGUUGGAGGAAAGAGGAUCCAAUUGCAGCCAUGCUGAAUCAUUGUCCCUGAUUCUAUCCCCUUCCAACCUGGACUUCCAUUCUCAUUCUCUCUCUUCACUGGCUGCCUGCGAACUGCGGGCGAAGAGGACCUGCAAGCCGGACUGGGAGACUGGUUUCGUGCCAGACUCCCGCCGCAAUGGAAGGGGAAAGCAUAAAGCCAAGUUCCCAAUCUCUGGUGGAAGGUGAAGAUGAAGAGAAGGACCAGAGGACAAUUACAGUUAACCCUGCCCACAUGGGAAAGGCAUUCAAGGUUAUGAAUGAACUACGGAGUAAGCAGCUGUUGUGUGAUGUGAUGAUUGUGGCUGAAGAUGUCGAGAUUGAAGCCCAUCGGGUAGUGCUGGCUGCCUGCAGCCCCUACUUCUGUGCAAUGUUUACAGGUGACAUGAGUGAAAGUAAAGCCAAGAAGAUUGAAAUUAAAGAUGUGGAUGGGCAGACGCUGAGUAAGCUGAUUGACUACAUAUAUACAGCUGAAAUUGAGGUGACAGAAGAAAAUGUCCAGGUGCUGCUGCCAGCAGCUAGUUUGUUACAACUAAUGGACGUCCGGCAAAAUUGUUGUGAUUUUCUCCAGUCUCAGUUACAUCCCACCAACUGUCUUGGCAUCAGAGCUUUUGCAGAUGUGCAUACCUGCACGGAGCUCCUGCAGCAGGCCAAUACUUAUGCAGAGCAGCAUUUCCCAGAGGUGAUGUUGGGUGAAGAAUUUCUGAGCCUUAAUCUGGACCAGGUGUGUAGCUUAAUAUCCAGUGACAAGCUUACAGUUUCUUCGGAAGAAAAGGUUUUUGAAGCUGUGAUUUCCUGGAUAAAUUAUGAGAAAGAAACCCGCUUGGAACACAUGGCUAAGCUGAUGGAACAUGUCCGUCUUCCCCUCUUACCAAGAGACUAUCUUGUCCAGACAGUUGAAGAAGAAGCUUUGAUUAAGAACAACAACACGUGUAAAGACUUCCUCAUUGAAGCCAUGAAAUACCAUUUGCUGCCUUUGGAUCAGAGGCUGUUGAUAAAAAACCCAAGGACUAAGCCAAGAACUCCAGUCAGCCUGCCCAAGGUUAUGAUUGUAGUGGGAGGCCAAGCCCCCAAAGCUAUCCGAAGUGUUGAAUGUUAUGAUUUUGAGGAAGACAGAUGGGAUCAGAUUGCAGAACUUCCUUCAAGGAGAUGUAGAGCAGGGGUGGUGUUCAUGGCUGGAAGCGUUUAUGCUGUGGGGGGCUUUAAUGGCUCCCUUCGUGUUCGGACCGUUGACGUGUAUGAUGGUGUGAAGGACCAGUGGACGUCCAUUGCCAGUAUGCAGGAGCGCCGGAGCACGCUAGGCGCAGCUGUGCUUAACGACCUUCUCUAUGCAGUGGGAGGGUUUGAUGGUAGCACAGGUCUUGCCUCAGUUGAAGCCUACAGCUACAAAACAAAUGAAUGGUUCUUUGUGGCCCCUAUGAACACAAGGAGAAGCAGUGUGGGAGUAGGUGUUGUGGAAGGAAAGCUGUAUGCUGUUGGGGGUUAUGAUGGGGCUUCCCGCCAGUGCCUCAGUACUGUGGAACAGUACAACCCAGCGACCAAUGAAUGGACAUAUGUGGCAGACAUGAGCACACGCCGCAGUGGAGCAGGGGUUGGGGUACUCAGUGGGCAGCUGUAUGCCACAGGUGGGCAUGAUGGACCCUUGGUGAGGAAGAGUGUAGAGGUUUAUGAUCCUGGGACAAAUACCUGGAAGCAAGUUGCUGAUAUGAACAUGUGUCGGCGAAAUGCAGGUGUGUGUGCAGUUAAUGGGCUCUUGUAUGUGGUGGGAGGUGAUGAUGGUUCCUGCAAUCUUGCAUCUGUGGAGUACUAUAAUCCUGUCAGUGACAAGUGGACGCUGCUGCCCACAAACAUGAGCACAGGCAGAAGUUAUGCAGGUGUUGCUGUGAUUCAUAAGCCAUUAUGACAAAAAUUCACCCUGCCAAGAAGUGGAGGACAGGAGGAAAUGCUGCUUGGGUUUCAUAACACUGUGGAUCAGAACUGAUUUGUUCCAGUUUGUCACAAUGUCAUAUUCCAUGGGACAAGAAAUCAUGACAAGAGCUAAGCCUCUGCUCUGGCUUGGCUGUGAGUAGUGACACAGUGUGAGAAUACCUUCUCCCUUCUGCCCCACUUAUCCUAUCAAACCCAUCCUCCACCUCACCUCAUGUGCAUUUUUCCCCAUUUUGUGCAAUGAACCGUCCCCUGCCCCUACCCCACAAGUGGCCUCUAAAUAGGGGCCUACUGUGUUUUUCAUAUUUUCACAAUGACACUGGAGAAACUGUAAUUCUUCUGUGUAAAACACCAUGCUUUAUAACAAGGUAGGUGGGUAGAAAGUCUACUGAAUUUCUUUACUACUGAUGUUGCAAAUAUGCUAAAACUCAAGGGAUAGAAAAUGCCUGCUCUGGACUCAUUCUAUUGGUUCAGUUGGAAGUGACCCCAAUAAUCUGAAGAAAUCUUCUUCUAGAGACAGAAUCAGGUGAUCACUUGUCUCCCGAGGAAAACUGAGGAAAUGGAAAGCUUCGUUGCCUUUGUCACCUGAGGACCAGGCAGAGUUCUAGUGACUGUGUAUAUGUACAUUACUUACCUACUGUAAAUUUAUUCUAUAGAAGAACCGUGUCAUUUUGGGAGCUGGAUUGUGCUCUUUCUUUGCUAGUCAGUAUGAUUAUGUUCACAAACCACACCUCAAAAGAGCACCAAAGGCACCCUAGGAGGGGUCUUCCAUGUCUAAGAAGCCCCCAUAUCAAUGCUGGAAACUCCUAGAGCAAUGCUGCCUCAAUAUCUUGGUUUUUUCUUACUUCUUUUAAAAGGAAAACACAUAUAACUACAUCUGACCAUACAAAUUGGCCUCUUGCCUUCUUGGGGGUUUCCUAAUACCCAUGAAAAGAUGGUAGAAAAUGGUGUGACCUCAUCCACAGAGCUAGCUUUCAUGACUAUCUAAAACCAUGAAGGUGUAUUUCAUCCCUGAGUGCCUAACAUGGUGCUAUAAGGAGCCUGCUAUCUGACUGGUGCUGCUACUCUGUAAAAUCUCCAGGCUGUGGAUUGUGACUCCAGCUGGAGUCAAAUCCAGAUCUAGAUUUACAGUGCCUCUGUAUACAUAUACUAUAGCUGUAGGUCUAGAUCCCCGGGGGACACUAGUUGAGGAACCUUCUCUAAUCUAUGACUAGUCACCUUCCACAGGGGCUCCCCAGCUUGGCUGACACCAAAAAUCUCAGGAGGCAGACUCUGACAUUGGGUUCUCUGACAGCUUUUGGAAGUUUCUGGGGGUUUUAGGUUUUGGGGAUUGCACAUGGGUCACUUCCACCAGGAUAAGUAGCUCUUUAAAAUAUUUCUCAGGAAAGAAACUGACAGGCACCCAGUCUUUGUCCAUUAUGACUUCAGAGACAAAAGGGAGUCUCCACUGGGUAUCAGAAGAAGGUGGGCAAUUUCAGGCUAAUUAUCCUACUCAGGUUCAGCCCUUGGUGAAUUGUGACACUGAUGAAGUUGGGUCUUAACUCCUUUCCACAUUUCUGUGCCUCCUUUCCUCUCCCCACUCAAGCUUCCAUUGCUUCCUGAACUUCCUCUUAAAUAGAAGAGUCAGAGGUGUUGGGGUCUUUAUAGAGUGAUUUUUCCUGAGGCGCUGGCACUUUAAGAGAGGUAAUGCUUAACCCCAAGGAAUAAAUCACUAAUGGUUGAAUUUUAGGCAUCAAUUAGAGAGGUUCUUUUAUGUGGUCUUCUAAAUCCCUCAUAUCACAUCAAAAGAAACAGCUGCCUAACUUUAUCUACACAUAAAGCCAGCCUCAUGCCAGCAUUUGGCUUUUUUCUUGCAGAGUCUUUGGAGCCCCGUGAUAUUUCAGGGUGAUCAAUAGGCCCAAAAGACUUGGUAUAGCCAUAGUUAUUUAAAAAAAAAAAAACAAGCAACAAAAAAGUAAUAAUCCAGAUACUGCUGAAAGUACUGUGUAUGGAUGUUUAAAAAUUCUGGGAUCACACUAGUCAGUCACUUAAUAUUAAGCACUUAAUAUGUAUACCAACAGCCUCAGAGAGGACCUCAUAUAUUGCUUCCUGCCAGUUGCAUCAGACCUCCUGAUGCUGAUCAUAGUUUCUUGGAAACAAAAUAGCAACUCCCUAGGGCAUGUAUGAUUUACCCAUAAUUCUUGCCAACCGCACUGCAAAGCCUCAAAUAUCUGGCCAUACUGUUUAGGAGACAAAUGUCCAUAUUACAAGAAAAAUCAAAAUAUGUUGGGUGCUCCAGUAGGUAAGACUGGUGUUCUUGACAUCUCGGCUUAAGUUGUUGAGGAAUUAAUUGAAUGAAGGAGUUGUUUGCAAAAGGUGCUCCCCUCCCUUGCUUAGAGCACCAUUCUUUUGUCUUAAAUGGGUGAAUGGCAUUAAAAUACAAAUUCCAAAUCUUUAUUUAAAAGGAUUUAAGGUAAAUUCCAUUUCUAGGUCAUCUAUCCUUAAAGAAGUCUGCUUGCUAAAGCAAACCAUUGCUAUUUUCUGAUUUUUGGAUUUUGCUUUUAAUUCUGCUUUCUAGGAUUCCUUUGUACCAAGGAGCACUGCCCCUGUUUAUCUGUGGGGUCAGAUGGGGAUAUCUGUGGAAUUAUGUCAUUUCAUCUCCAUGUGUGUUUCUGUGGGGGCUAGAACUGGUAUGUCAUCACCUAGAGAUGGUCUGCUAGUAAGUGCAGUCAGGUGAGAAUCAACUCUAUAGGAAAUCUAUGGAUCAGGAAUUUUAUGUCAGUAUCAAUGCACCAGCACAGUAGACAUCUCAGGCAGUUAACACAGGCUUGUGAAAGCUAAAACCCUUUCAGGAUGGGGUAGCACCCCCCAGAGAGUAUAAUACUACAAAACUGUUGGCAACAAACAAAUGGAAUUGAAACCCAAAACGCAAAGAAAAUCAUUACAUAAUGGGCACGUGACUUAAAACUUGCUCAGAUGCUGACUGGAAAGUAGACACUGACUGGAAAGUACUGACACUGAAUUCCACUUUGAAUUCCAAUUGUCUUUCUCAUUAGUGGCCAGUGGUAUCUCUCCUUUGACUAAAAAGUUGCAGUGUUAAGUCAAGCAACAUGACCUCCUUUUCUGCUAUGCAAUGUGAACACCUAAUAAGUUCCAUGACAGGCCAGUUGCAGUAUCCCCCUCCCCACAUUGUUUUCUUUAAUAUUUGUUGUGUAAUGUUUGUACAUUUCUGAGCCAGAUCCUUUUAAAAGAUUGCCUUUUUAUAGAAUUAAAGCUAUAGCUUUUGGGGAUAAAUUUUAAUGUAGAUAUUUUUAUAAGAUAAUUUUAAAGAUUUUUUGAAUCACUUUUUAUUGGCUUUGUGGUUGAAAAUUGUCAUUCCUUGUGUGACUCAUGUCUCGACCCUGCUUAUCCCUAUAACCAUUAUCCCCUGUGUUUUCAAAGCAGAAAAUAAUAUCAGAUUCAAUUCUGGUAUAUAACCCUCUUCCCCAUCCUUUUUCUGUUGUGCUUUUUCUUAUGGAACAUUAAAGGGCCACUUCUUAGUUGGGAAAAAAAAUAAUGAGCUAUAUAUAGAUUCUUGUAUUCCUAAGAAAGCUUUUGAUACUAACACAAAACUUUAAAAUUCAGUUUUCAUCAUUUACAUUUCCUAUUUACUUUUAUGCAACCAGUCUGCUUUCUGUGGGUCUUGAAAUACCACUUGUCCAUUUUCCAGUUGGUUCCAUUGCUGCAUAAUCCAGCAGUGUUAAUGUGAUUAUGUUUGGAAGAGGGGUCUUGCCUUCUAAAGCCAAAUUCUAACAGACUUUCCUGAUUUUUUUCUUGAAUUCAGACACUAAAAGUAGAAGACUUUGCUAUCAGAAAGUGUCCAUUUGGGACAGAUCUGGUUAUAAAGAAUACUUUCCCUGUCCCUAGCAAAGAUGGUUCUAUCAUAUUCUCUACAAAUUAAAGUAUUUUGUAUUUUGCGGACACACAAAUCAAACCUUACAAGCUUUGCUUCUUGUAUGUUUAAUGACAUUUCUUAAGUACUGUAUUCCUAAGACUUCUGUAAGGAUCAUUUGUAGUUUUAAUAGGGCAGUGUCUUCUUGGUUUUAGUUUCUCUUUCUUGCUUUCUGAUUACACAACUCUGAUUCCCUCCUCUCCCCACAUAAGUGAUACAAGUCAUAUCAGAGAAUCUACUCUACUUUCCAUUUGUAACUUAUAAACUAGAUUUGGGAGGUAGAUUGAACUUGUUUUCAGUUAGAUGUCAUUCUUAGGUUUUGCUACUGAUUGAAGAAGGAAGAAGUUUUGACCUCAUUGUCCCCUGAUACCAUGAGGUUGGAAUAUUUUUUCUUGGGUUUGCACUAUUAAGAGAUAUAAUCCAUAAUAUUCUACAAUGUUAUGUCUACUAAAAUAAGUGGGUAUGCUAUCUCCAAGACCAGCUUUUCUUUAGAAAUGGAAGAAGAUUCUCCUAUAGGAGGCAAUAGUAGGCCAAUCAUACCAUUUAAUCUAUCAUCCUAGGUCCAUUUUUGGGGACACCAAAAAGGUCCUCUCAAAGUCUGGAUCUGGGGAGUUGAGAUGGCAGUUUUGGCAUUCAAUAAUGCAUUGGAAAUGGCCUGACUUCUUGCCAUUGGUGAUAAAAUUAUAGUUUUAUUCUCCUUUUCAGUGACAAUAAGGUUCCACCAUUAAAUUUAUUGCUUAGUUUGUAUAGUUUUCAUAUGUAUACUAUGUGUAAAAUACUUUCUUUUAAAAAUGAAUUAAGAUGGUAAAGUGUGUUUGUGUAUAUGAAUGUGUGAGUGUAUGCACAUGUGUUCACAAGGCUGCUUAGCCCUUGUGAUUUCCUACAGAAGCUUUUGGUGAAAUCUGAUUAACCAUGCAGAUUAUAGCAUAUUGAGUGGGCAAGGUCUUUGAUCUCUUUUUUCUUUGUGGUUGUGAUACACCAAAUGUUUUGUAAGAGAAAAUUUUUAAGAAGUAUGCUCAAUUUCAGUGACAACUGAAGAUACAGUUUCCAAAAUAUAUGAUUUUAAUAGGAAUUGUGUUCUAAUUUCCAACAUUUCAUGUCUCUUUAUAAAAUAAAGAAUAAAAACUGUGCAAUUAAA